GCCGACGAAUUGUACGUGAAGAUGAGCUCGAUCAACGCCGAUUCGCCAGAGACCGUGUCGCGCAAGCGACCAUAUGAGGAGGAGGAGAAGCCGGCGAAUGGAGCACAGACAAUCGAGGAUGAAGCGACGAUGAUAUGGGACCUAUGCCACUGAUGGCAAACGAGGCUGUGCCAAAGAAGAAACGGAAGGUUCUUCCCCACGAGCGCAUUUACCUCUCCAACCUCCCAUCCUCAGACAAAUAUACCAAAUCCUUCAUGCACCGCGAUACUCUCUCGUUCGUUACGCUUACCCCGUACUACAAUUUUGUCAUCACGACUUCCGUCGAUGGUUAUGUCAAGUUUUGGAAGAAGCAGGCUGUUGGGACCGAGUUCGUGAAGCAAUAUCGGGCGCAUGUUGAUGCUGUCGUCGCUGUGGGUGUGUCUGCUGGAGGAGAGCUCUUCGCUAGUUGUGGUGCGAACGGGAGUUUGAAGAUCUUUGAUGUCAUCAACUUUGACAUGAUCGGUAUCCUACAACUACCAUACAAAGCACGCGCGCUGUCUUGGGUUCAUGCUCGUGGUCAAGCACAAGCCCUCCUUGCCGUGUCAGACGCCGACUCGUCCGCCAUUCACAUCUACGACCCUCGAAGCGACGAACCAGGAACACCACUACACACACUCUCAUCCCUCCACAAGAAAUCCGUCAAUGUCAUCUCGUACAAUUACGUUCAUGACUGUGUCGUGAGCUCAGAUAUCGGCGGGAUGAUCGAAUACUGGAGGCCACAAGGCGCUUGGUCGAAACCUGCGGAUGGAUCGGUGUUUGAGCUUAAAUCAUCAACGGAUCUGUAUGAGUUCAAGAAAGCCAAGAGUGUGCCGACGUGUAUCACAUUUUCCCCCGACGGCACACACUUCGCGACUAUCUCCCUCCCCGACCGACAAGUCCGCGUCUUCGACUUCAAGACCGGCAAGAUGGUCAAAAAGUACGACGAAUCACUACAAGCGGCGACGGAGAUGCAGCAAGCUGGAACCGCACUAUACAAGCACGAAGACACGGAGUUUGGACGGAGGGUGGCGGUCGAGAAGGAGAUCGAAAGAUCGCCGGAGAUCUCGUCAGGGUUAAAUGUCGUUUGGGACGAAUCGGGCCAUUUUAUCGCGUAUGGGAGUAUUCUGGGUAUCAAAGUCGUCAACACCUACACCAACCGCUGCGUCCGACUCCUGGGUAAAGACGAACCAAUCCGCUUUACGAAUCUCUCGCUUUACCAAGGCGCUCCGCAGAAGAAGGGAACCGUCACCCUCGCGAUGGCAGCUUCCGAUAAUCCUCUGCUCGCGGAGAAGAGCGAGCGGGAUCCGACGCUGUUUUGUACGGGGUUCAAGAAGGGACGGUUUUAUAUGUUUACGCAGGAUGAGGAAAGCAGCGGAGACCGUGACGUGUUUAACGAGAAACCGACGCGGGAAGAUUUGUCCGUAUCGACGGGAACGGAGACCAGCACUGUGAAGGGUACAGUAGCGACAUUGCACACCACCCUCGGCGACAUCCAAAUCCGACUCUUUCCGGAGGCUGCACCAAAAGCCGUCGAGAACUUCAUCACGCACGCGAGGAACGGGUAUUACGACAACACCAUCUUCCACCGCAUCAUCAAGAAAUUCAUGAUCCAAUGCGGAGACCCCCUCGGCGACGGCACAGGCGGAGCCUCCAUCUGGGGCCGCGAGUUCGAGGAUGAAUUUUCCCCUGAUCUCAAGCACGAUAGACCAUUCACCGUGAGUAUGGCGAACGCCGGCCCGAACACGAAUGGCUCGCAAUUCUUCAUCACGACGGCCAAGACGCCUUGGUUGGAUGACAAGCAUACGAUUUUUGGAAGAGCGGUUGUGGGGGUGGAUGUGGUUAAUGCAAUUGAGAAUUUGAGGACGGAUAAGUAUGAUAAACCUGAGGAACCUCCGAAGAUUUUGAACAUCACUGUCAAAUAGGACAUGUCUCUGAUUAGAUAGCUACCAAGAUAUAG